UUCCUCAAUUUGUUUUUUCGCCGGCUUGCACCAUACGUUCACCGCCGGCAGCCGUGAAGCCACGGCCCCGCACGACCGCUUCCCACGCGCACUCUGUCACCACGACUCAGCCCCAACUCACCCACCGGCGCCCGCAUUCCCGCCGCUUCGCCCCCACGUGUCUCGUUUACACCUGCUGCUGUCGUAGCCUUUCAUUUGCGUGCCUUGCCAUGGGAGAGCGGGUCUGAGCUUCGGGGGCUAUCGUGACGGUGGCAGGUGGGACCCAGCGUCAGACCCAGAUACGAUACAACAUACUCGCGAAGCACUGCUGCUCAAGCCAUGGCGGCUGUAGCAGGCUGUAAUUGCGCGCCUGCUGCUGACGCCAGCCUUGGCUGUGGCGGCACUACUGCGGCUGGUGGUGGUGGUGAAGGCUGCUGGUCGCAGCUCCCGCCGCGACGACCAGCCGGCGGCCCUGCCGGGCACCAGCAUGACGGCAGCCAGCAGCAGCAGCAGCAGCAGCAGCAGCCAGCAGGCGGUCCCAUGUGCUGCAGUGGCGGCGGCGUGCUAUGCGAGGCCGCGGUACGGCAGCAGCAGCAGACGGCGGGGCCGAGUUGUGCUCCAGGGGUUGAUGGUGGCGGCGUAGGCAGCGGCCGCACUCAUAUGGGCAUGGAUGGUGGGUGCAGCGGCGGCGGGCACUGGCAGAGCCUAAACGGCGGCUGUGCGGGCCACCACCCAUGGCUCAGUGGCAUUCAGCAGACGUGGCUGCCGUCCAUAGGCGGCCCACAUGGCCGCCUGCUGCCGCUGUCACCAGCAGGGGCUGCUACCGCUGGGCUUGGGCUGCAGCACCAGCAGCGGCACCAGCAGCAGCACCAGCCUCCGCUAGCCUGUGCAGCGGGGCAUCCACCGCACCCCCGGCAUCAGCAGAAGCCAGCUGCGCCAACAGCACCGCCGCCGGCUGCGGAAGCAGGGGCGCCGGCACCAACACAGCCGCCACCGCCUCUGCCCGCUGCUGCAGCACAACCGCCUCCCGCUAAGGUGCGGCAGGGGCACCAGCGGGUGCGGUCUCAGCAAUGGCAAGUCGGGUGCACGCGUGGGCCAGCAGCAGGGGGGCAAGGGCGCAUCCACGCCGCCCAAGUCACCUCGCAACGCAGCGGCUGUAGCAAGUGGCUGCUGGGCGGCACGUGCGGCGGCAGCAGCAGGCCCCACGCGCCACGCUCUCUGCUACAGCAGCUGCGCCUGCUGCUGGUUUCGUUGGUGCUGGCGGCAGCACUUGCGCUGUUCAGCAUUGUUUCCAUGACAGCUACAGCCGGCGGCGGCGGUACACCCACAGCUACUGCUACAGCGCUCGCGCAACCACACAUGGGACCACGAGUGCAGCCGCGCCGGCAGCUGCAAGCCACUGCUGGCGACCCACAGCAGCAGACCGCACACAUAGCCGAGCCCUCAUCGGUGGCUGCCACCGCACAGCAGCAGCAACAGCAGCCGCAGCGCGAACCUCUUGGAGGCUUCAGCAGUCAGUUAGACCCCUUGGGGAGCACCACCUUGGUCAGCGGCAGCAGCGGUAGUGGCAGCAGCGGCAGCAUUUUCAAAAGCAGUGUCAGUACCAAGUGCGUUGGCGGUCGGCAGCAGGGGCCGGCCGGCACGUUGCUCGGCGGCAGUAGCGGCGGCAGUAGCAACGGCGGCAGUAGUAGCAGCAGCGGCAGUGGUGUGACGGCGCCACUGCAGCAGUGCCUCAACAACCGCUAUGGCCACUUGGUGGCGGGCUGGGAGGACGUGGGCACGGCGCGCCCGACUGCCAAAGUGCUGGGCGCGUGGUCAUCCUGCCGGCGGUCCUCCAUUCCGCUGACCGUCGCCACACAGCUGUCUGCCAACCGCCUGCAGCAGCUCCGAGCCAUGUGCCGCGCCUGGCACGGCCCCCUCAGUGCAGUGGUCUACUACCCCCUGGAGCUGCACGACAGCGGCAGCGGCAAUAGCAGUAGCAGCAGUAGCGACAACAGUGGCAGUAGCAGCGGCAGUGGCAGUGAGCAGCAUGGGGCUGCUGCCACUGAGGGUGCGGUGGGCCUGGCAGCAGCAGCAGCAGCGGCAGGCAGCGCGGCAGCAGGGGAGGCAGGGGCAGCAGGGGCAGCAGGGGCGGCCGAGACCGGCGGCACAUUGCGGGCAGGGCGGUGGCGGGCGGUGCUGCAACAAGCGGAGGAUGAGGCCGUUGGGGGCGGCGGUAGUGAGCUUGAAGUCGGCGACGGGGAGGGCGACGGUGCUGACAGCGGUGGCAGCGACGCGGACGGCAGUUCAAUGUGGGCUGCUGGCGGCGGCGGCUCUGCCGCCAUCGCCUCUGCUUCUGGAGCCGCCGCCGGCGGCGCUGCAGGGGAGCGGCGGCGGCCGCGUGUGCAGCUGAGCGUGGCGCAGCUGGGGCGGCUGCGGGAGGUGGUGGAGGGCGUGCGGGGCUUCUGGAGCGAGAUGGAGGCGCGCAGGUGGUGCAGCCUGGAUGUGCUGCUGGUGUACGAGGCCUGGUCCGACCCGCGGGCCGCCCGGGCGCUGUACCCAGUCAACAUGCUGAGGAACUGGGCCCGGCUGCAGGCGCGCACGCCUCUGGUGGCGGCCCUGGAUGUGGACAUGCUGCCCAGCCGGCAGCUGCUGGAGGCCGUGAGGGAGCCGGACACAGCCAGGCAGUACAUUGAGGCGUGCGGUCCUCCUGCCAACACCACCGCUGGUGCUGACACGGGUAGCAGCAGCAACGCCAUCGGCAGCAGUAGCAGAAGGCGCAGUUCAGUUUUCAUCCUUCCGGCCUUCCAGACAGCCAACGAGACGGCCGCCGCCGCCAACAUCCGCAUUGCUGACCGCAUCGCCAAUAUGACCAAGAGCCAGCUGGAGGUGGCGGUGCAGGUGGAGGCGGCGCUGCCCUUCCAUGUGGCGCACUUCCCCGCCGGUCACUCCGCCACAAACUUCAGCCGCUGGUUCCGGGCAGCAGAGCCGUACACUGUGCGGUACGUGCGGAACUUCGAGCCCUGGUUCGUGGCGGGGCGGGACUCGGUGCCCUGGCACGACGUGCGGCUGCGGGGCUACGGCCAGAACAAGAUCAUACAGGUGGCUGCCGCCGCCGCCGCCGGCCCGGCAGUGGAGUUCAGGGUGGAGCCGCGCGCCUUCCUGGUGCACCGCCCACACGCCCGCAGCGGCGCCAAACAGGAGCUGGGCGGGGAGACGGCGGCGUACAGGCGGAUGUACCGGCUGGCUCUGCGAGAGGCGACUGCGAAACUCUUAGGUCAGCUCCAACAGCGGCAGGAGCAACUGAGGCAGCAACACGCCCAGGCGGCGACAGCGAGCAGGAGCCCGCAGCAGGCUCUGCUGGCAAGCAGCAACGCAAGCAGCACCAGCAACGCAAGGAGCAUCAUGCCCACGCCUGAGCCGAAACAGCGGCCAACAGCAGCAGGCACUACCGGGCUCCCACCGGUGGCGGCUGGUGGCGGCGGCCAGUCCGCGGAAGCAGCCGACAGCAUCUUCGUUCCUGGCGGCGCCAGCAGAAGUAGCAGUAGCAACGCUGCUGCUGCCACUGGUACCGGCCUCGGUGGCGGUGGCAGUAGCAUCUUGGGCUCAGGUGACAGCGGCGACGGUGGCGAUGCCGCAGCCUGGCAGGACAUUGGUGUGUACCCGCACCACAGGAGCCGCCGCCGUGCCUUGUUAUCAUUGUUUGAUCCCGUGCCCUUCAGCGUCGGCUCCAAAAGCGUCCCCAUGCACUCACCAGUGGCUGUCCCGGGGCAUUCAGCCGUUGCCACCACCGCCGCGGCUGUGGCUAAUGCGGCCGGCUCUCAGGAAGGGCGCGGCCCGAUGCGGCCGGCGCACACGGCAGGCACAGGCGUGGACGGCACUGGGGCUGCCACUAGCAGCGCGGCGUUGCCAUUGAGCCAGGGUGGCCGCAAGAAGAGGUCAUGGGCGCUGCCGCCAAAGCUGCAGGCUGAGGCGCGGCGCCAGGCCGAGGAGCUGAUGCUGACGGGCCGCUACGCAGAGGCCCUGCGGCACAACGUGUUCUGGAGCAACAGCAGGACAUGGGCCGAGGCCCGAAAGGAGAUGGCGCAGGGGCGCUACACGCCGGUCUUGGACCCCGGCACUGAGCACUGCCUAAGCGUGCUCCCCUGGUGGUCUGGGCGUGGCAUGGUUCACUAGCGGGCAAGGUGCAGUUUGCCCGUGGCAUGGGUACAUGCCGCGUUGCGGGUGGGUCAAGGGGUGGGUGCCGAUUUGCGCAAGGCGCCUUGAUGCAGGUGUUCCAGGGGCCCUGGUGCGGGGUUGAGACGAGGGCUUUAGGUGGUGGGUGGGCUGAAGCACGAGCUGUCAAGCAGGGUUGGGACAAGAUUGGAGCACGGUCGGAGUAGGGCCUGGUUGGACAACGACGCAGCGGGUUGCGCCCGCACACAGAAGACAACUACGUUUGCCACGAAGCCACGCCAACCCCAAUGUCAGGUGGUGUUGAGAAACACCGAGUUUUGU